AGCGCCCCUGAGCCCGAAGAAGACAAAGGUUGCUUCGGCAGGCUGAGCGGCUGCUCGGCGCGAUGCUGUCGAACAGGGUCUUGACGAGGCGGGGCGAGCCCAGCAGCUAUCGGCCCUGCGGCCCCGUGCCGGUCGCGGCGUGGAGGUGCCACCUCGGCGGCGGCGGCGGCUCCGCCGAGCUGCCUCCGUGCGCCGGCGACGCAGACUGCGCCGGCGAGUGGGCGGACCUCGGCGCCGACGGCCACGGCGACGCGGGGAGCCCGCGCGGCUCGGGGCCCGCCCCGCUCCGCCGCGGCGGCGCGGGGGCGCCCCUCCACGAGGCCCUCGGGGUGGCGCAGGCCGGCGGCUGCUGGUCCCCGGCGGGCGUCUCGCGGGGCUUCAAGGUUACCGGCGUCGUCGCGGCGGUGCUGGCGGGCACGGCCCUCGCGUCGGCCGUCGGCACCGCGCACCGCGGCGCGCAGGGGCACAGCGGCGACGGGGCCCUGGAGGAGAACGGGCGCCUGAACAUGAAGGCCUUCGCGGGGGAGUUCUCGGGGAGGAUGAGCGCCGCGGCGCUGCCCUCGCUGAGGAAGUCGGCGGGGCUGCCGCCCUCCUCGUCGGACGAGGAGGUCGAGCGGGCCGAGGCGGCGGCGUUCCUGCGGGCGGCGGAGGGGGGCGCGCGUCGAGCGGGGCUGCACGUCUCGGACGCCACCUCCGCGGCGAUCGCCGACGCGCAGAGGACGCUGGGGAUAUUCACGAUGAAGAGCUCCACCGAGGGCAGCCUCAGCGGCUCGGUCUCCUGCGCCCCCGUGGCCGCGACCUGCGGCGGGGGCGGCCCCAAGUGCUGCCCGGGGACCCGGUGCGACGAGAAGCACGGAGGCCGUUGCGCCCUCAGGCUGCCCGCGCCCGUGCCGCAGGACCUGGCAGGCAACAGCUCCAACAGCAGCUCCAACAGCUCCAACGGCACCCUCACGGCCUGGGCCAACAGCUCCAACGGCACCCUCACGGCCUGGGGCGCCGCCAGCGCGGCAGCGGCGGAGCCGGCGGCGGACUGGCAGUGCGCGGAGAGCGGUCAGAGCUGCUUGGACUCGCGCUGCUGCAGGCACCCCGGCCACACCUGCUUCAGGCAGCACGAGUGGUGGGCGAGCUGCAACGCCACGUGCUCCAAGAACAGCACCUGGGACGUGGGCCAGCAGGCGUGGGUAUCCGUGGAGGCGUCCGGGCUCAGCUGGAGCUGCGAGGUCCUGACAGCCUCGAACCCGAGCCGGAUCAUGCGCGACCCCAGGCCGGGGAAUUGCGCCGGCCCGGGCGAGCAGUGCGCGAGCUCCAAGUGCUGCAGGGACUCGGGCUCGAGGUGUUUCAGGAAGGACAAGUAUUGGGCCAGCUGCAACACCACGUGCAACCCCCACCGUAGGUGGGACGGGGGCGCCUGGGCGUGGGUGGACAGCGACAAGAAGGAGUGGGAGUGCGAGGAGGUGCUGCUCACCGCAGAGAAUGAAUCCGGGUCGUCGACCUUCGCCAGGUCAGAAGACGAGGACGACACAGCCUACUACCUGAAGUGAAGUGCGGCGAUGUGUUACAGCCCAGUUGGGCGAUCGUAUCUUUCGUCGAUGAUGUUGAGCGCCUUCGAACUGUAGCUUGGAGGGUUGAGACCUCUACCAGACUACAGACGCAUCGCGUAGUUUUAGGAAUUGUUUUAUUUGUCAUGGACCGCGUAGCAUAAAGCACGCGUGGCAGCUAGCUGGGACGCAUUCCUGUGCGACCCAUUUUGAAUUGGUAAAAAAAGCAUGGCUGCAUCAGCUCGCCUCUGUGACGAUCCCCCGACCAGGGAGAUAUUUGACUGUAGACUAGACCAGCACCGGCACCUACUUGAGACCCUUGUCGCCUUCUUGGCCCCAAUCUCCCCUACUGCUCCCGUUCGUUUUAUCCCGUGCUGGAGGCAAGACCGAUACUUUUGAAUACGAGUUUGGCGCAAGGUCAGCGCCUUCAGUUCGCUUGUGGAGCUGACCACGCCAUGACCUAUUCCGAGCGAAGUUUGAACGUUUGGCACGCCGAGGUUUUGAAUGCGGCCAUCACAGCAGGCAGGCUUCCGAAUGGCCCGCUUGAACUGCUGGCCGCCCCAAGCUCGCGCGUGCCACCACCGAGUUCCCGCACGUUCCCCAACAGCCGCAGUCCCCGGGGUUUCCGGAUUAGGCUUACGUCGGGCCUGUCUCUCUACAGGAGGAGAAUUCAAAGACAGCCCAAACAUUACUUGUUUUGGCCAUGUUUUAUUUUUCGUCCAAGAAUCCCCCUGCAAAGGGGCAUGCCCGACCUAAGAUGAGGCCUCCGCCCUCGCGCUCGAGCUGCUGGCCCAGCCAUCUGCGCGCGCGCGAACCGGGGAGGGGAGUUGUCCCAAACUGGGUGCGCUCGGCCAGGCGAGCGACAAAAGCAGGAGAGGAGCUCGUGUGCGUUUUCGACAAGCGCGAGAGGCGGCCGAUGGCGGUGCUUCUCUCUUUGGGCGGCACGUGCGGUUGGGGCCGAGGCCGUCUCGGGAGCCCAGGUCAUCCGCAGAGGCGCCACGACAGCCGCGGUUCGAUGCCUGGGGCCAGAUAUUCUCUUUCAGAUGCGCUUGGCGUUGCGCGAAGCGCGAAGUUGGGUGGCCUGGGGAAGGCGGCUCAGCGAGGGUUUCCCUCCUCGGGGGUCCUGCUUCUCGCCGACGGGCGGAGUGAGCCCGAGGGCCCCAUGUUGUACGGGAGCCCCCUCGAGCGAUUUGGCUCCAAACUGGUGGGCAGGUUGUGUGAUAUCCGAGUCGCGACCGUCUCCGUCGUCACCGUGAUCAUUAGCGCCACA